AUGCCGCGAUUCCAAAAUAUUCGGCUUUUGGGAGUUGGUCUCCUGGUAUUGUUGACUUAUGUUUGUUGGGAUAGUGUCAAGGAGGCCUUCGGUCACCAUGGUUCUGUCACAAAUGAGAACUUUUUUGCUUUUGGCAGUGACAUUUACAAAUCGCUAAAGGAAAAUUCACCCGGUGAAGUCGAUAUACAACGAACUGGACAAGCGGCUGCCGUGGUCUUUUGGACCACCAAUGCAGAGACAACCAGACCGGAUCUCCUCAAUCUCACUUCCAAGGAUGUCACCACCAUGCGGUUCGCUCACAAUGCGUAUUUACAAUCUGCCAGACAUAUCAGUCUCCCUUUCCAGAAACGCUCUUCAGGAAUUGUUUCUGCGGCUGCUGGAAAGUAUCUCCCGGUCUUCGUCAUAUCGUUGAGAAUGCUACGGAGAACCGGAUCACAACUUCCAGUUGAACUUUUUGUCGACACCGAGGCAGAGUUGAACUCGCACACUUGUCAAACACUUCUUCCCAGCAUGAAUGCUCAUUGUCUCCGAUUGGAAAGCCGUCUGGGAGGAUGGGCAAAGUACCUUGCGAGCUUCCAAGUCAAAGUCUUUGCAAUUCUAGCUUCCUCAUUCGAGAAUGUGCUGUUCUUGGAUGCUGACGCUUUCGUAACUAAAGAUCCUGCUCACGUCUUUACGCAUGAGCCAUUCUCUUCGACCGGUCUUGUCACUUGGCCUGACUUUUGGGCAUCGUCUGCUUCAGCGCAUCUCUACGAGAUUGUUGAUCAGCCUGUACCAGCUGUGAACGCACUCGCCUCUACAGAGUCCGGGCAGCUGUUGGUGUCCAAAUCCAAACAUGCAUUGACGCUCCUAUUGUCAGCCUAUUACAAUUACUAUGGCCCUGACAAGUACUAUCCACUCAUGAGUCAAGGGGGUCCCGGAGAAGGCGACAAAGACUCCUUCGUUCUUGCUGCUCGAGUAGCCAAAGCACCCUUUCACCAGGUGAAAAAGUGCGUCGACACGAUAGGCUAUUACGAGCAUGGCGAUUAUCACGGAGGCGCGAUGUUGCAAUACGAUCCGACUCAAGAUUCUACCUCAACAGCCGCCAGUGUCUCCACAAUGGAGAUACCGCCAGACGCAUUCUCCGUACAUCACAACAUCCCCAAAUACGAUCCAGUCCAGCUUUUCGAUAUGGGUGUAUUAGUGGAUGCAAAGACGGGUAUACCGCAUCGACUGAUUGGCACUAAGGACGAGACUUUGAAGAGAUUCGGAAGAGAUAUCGAGGCAGAGCUUUGGGAAGAGAUUGAGUAUGUGUCUUGUCAGCUUGGAGAGCAGAUUGUAGGGUGGAAAACAAUACCUACGUCGCAAGAUGAAGUUGGGACUUGCGAUAGGGUUCGGUGGUAUAGGAAGGAAGUGUUUGUAUAG